AUGACCCAACGUGUUGCUUCCACUGUGGCCACUCUAUCGAUACCGUUACUGCUUCUGAUCCAAGCUAUCAUGCACAGCCAACUGGUCCAUUCCAUUCCUAUACCAAAUUCACAAAUCGGGAAGGCGGAGGUGGAAUGUGGCGAAGAUACGAUUGAAGUGGUGUUUCUGACGGAAAGCGUGUUCCAGGGUCGAAUUUACGUAGUAGGACAUUCAAACGACGAGCGCUGUGUAUCACGCGAUACUGGACGCCAGACAACAUCAAUCACGGUGCGGAAGGAUCAGUGUGGUGUCUCUAUUACGAGAUCCACCAAUCCACCAGGUAUGUUUGCAAAUGUGAAAGUGAUGAUCUCAUUUCAUGAAGAAUUUAUCACGAAAGUUGAUAGGGGCUAUGAAAUUAGCUGUUUCUACAUGGAAGCAGAUAAAACGGUAACAUAUCCAUUGACAGUAUCAAUGAAAUCGUUGGAACCGUUCACAGAACUGGCAGAAAUGCCACGAUGUCAUUACGAAGUAGUGGAUCCGAUUUCCAUGGAACCAUUGUCGGUAGUUUCUGUUGGCAGCAAAUUGCUUCAUAAAUGGAAAUGUGAUUCCACUUCUACGAACCUAUGGUGUAUGACAGUUCAUUCAUGCUUUGUUGAAGAUGGAUCUGGCACGCAAUUUGUUAUUCUCAAUGAAGAUGGAUGCGCAAUCGAUCGAUACCUGUUGGAUAAUCUAGAAUAUGGCCCGAAUGAAUUAGAAGCGCAAAAAGAAGCACAUGCUUUCAAAUUUGCAGAUAAAGUGGUAGUGAACUUCCAGUGCUCAGUCAGAUUGGAUAUUCGGGAUGGCGAGUGUCCAAAGCCACGAUGUCGAGACUUGAGCAAUCAAAAAAAAGCAGUAAGACGACGAGCAUUGCCGGAUCUACCGCUAGCCUUGAACUUAACUGACCGUAUGGCUGAAGUAGACGUCCGUUCCCAACAGCUCGACGUACUGGACACUCAGCUAGAUUUCGGCGUUUCACCCAAUAACCCUCGAAUAGCCGCACAGAUUCGUCGACUGCAAAGGCCGCAAGGUGACUGUAUCAGUAUGACAUCAGCAGUCCUAGGUGUUUCAUUUUGCGCAUCGGUGAUACUUGUAGACUUCACUUUUGCUUAUAAUCAAAAAUUCAUUUCCUACAUACGGGCUAUUGAGAACUUAUUAGUAGUGCCGAUUAUUUGUGAUGGAAGCGGACGUGAUUUGAGUUCAGGCAGUUAG